AUGGCCAUUUGCGUCGACAGAGGGGCAGAGGCUGCGGUGUCCAAUGGCGGCGCCGGACGCCCUGGGACCUACCGACGGCCGGGAUGGACAAGGACAAGGGCUGCUGCAAGACGCUGCAAGUCGCUGCACCACAGCACGCGAGCUGCAGCGACCUUGGCGGUGCUGGUGGUGGAUCUCACACCAUUUUGGCUCGAGCGUUUGGGUAGGUUUGCAAAGGCCCAGAAUCGCAGUGUGGGCACACCGUCGCAUCGCCGCGAUGAGGCUUCUCAAGAUGGCGACAUGCUCCAUGCUCCAUGCUCCAGCGUGGUGCGAAUACGGGUACCUCGUGAGGGCACCUGCGUCGGUGCGUUCCCCGAGCUCGAGCUUGUACCUGUACAGAGUACAAGGCAGCGGCAGCAUCUCGUCUCCUCGACUGUCUUGGAGCGCACUGGUGCUACAAGUAGUACAAGUAAUUGCUCAAUACCACAAUGGAAGUGUCCUCCCUGGCUCCCUAGUCUUGAAGGGUAUCUGCACCGAGUAAGAUUGUCAUCACGACGGACCGCGUGUGGUAUGGGCGUGCCCCCGCCCUCAUCGUCUCUCUCGUCUCUCUCGUCCUGCUCCUUGGCUGCCGCGAAUGACACGCGGGAUGCCAUCGCGUUAUCCCGCCGGGCCUCCCCCAGGCCAUCCGAGCUGGGCAUAGCACUCGUAUUCCCUGCCCUCAUACUCCAUUGUACAGCAUGGCUCAAACGCAGGUUCCACGUUGCUGGAGCGCGAGGCUCAAGACUCACGACCCAAGACCAAGGACGUCGCUGCGGUGUCCACGUCCACGUCGACGCCCACACUGACGCCCACGGCAGCGUCUUCCCAGGGCCUCGUCUCGUCUCGUCCCCUUUGCCUGUGCUAGCAUCAAUCCAUCAUCCAUCCUUCCCCAGGCCCACAGUGGCCUGGCGCGCACAGACCGACAGCGACUCGCAGGCUGCCAUCGCGGCGAACGCCCACGCUGGACGCUGGCGCCACCGCUGCGAGCCUGCAUCCACGGGCAACCUGGCGGCAUUCGGAAGCGCUGAGUGA